AUGGGUUUGCGGGAGCCGGGAUCGCACAUCCAGCGGCCCCGACGAGGGUCUGGAAAGGGCUCAGUGGGGACGGGCGAGUGCCCGAGCCCCGCAACGGCCGGGCCGGGCUGUGCCAGGUACCCGCUCCCGCUCCCGUGCUCGGAAGGCGGAAAUCCCCGGCGGAGGAGGCGUGGGAGGGAAGAGGGAACGGCCCAAGGCGGGCAGCUGGUGCUCGGCUGCUCAGCACGGCUGGUUCGGCACGGCUCCGGCACGAUGAAGCCGCGAGGGUACGGAUUUCUGUUACUGCUCCUUCUUAUCCGGAAAGCUGUUACUGCACUAGAUAAGAAGAACACCAUCAGUAAACUUGGAGACAAUGCCACACUAAGUUGCAUUUAUAAUGAAAAAAAACCCUUGCAAUUAAAAAAUCUACGGGUAUAUUGGCAAAUAGCUGAUGAUUCCUAUCAGGAAAAGUGUUCAGUUGUACAUGCACUGAUCUCUGGCCAAGAUGACAACAGUAAUCAGUGUAUUCACUUUAAAGACAGGACUCAAUUAUUCUGGGAUAGGUUGGAAAAUGGUGAUUUUUCUCUGCUAUUGCUAAAUGUCAGCCAGAGUGAUGGACAUACAUACAAAUGCAUAGUGCAGGAGAAAACUGAACUUCCCAAAGUGAUUCACCAGGCAGAAGUGGUUCUCAGCUUAGCAGCAAGUUACAGCCAACCAAUACUCAGUGGACCAAUAAGAAACAGUGACAGCACUGGAGAGGAGGUGACCUUUUGCUGCAGGUCUGGCAAUGGAUACCCAAAGCCCAAUGUUUACUGGAUCAAUAAAGUGAACAACAGUCACCUGACUCCAUCAGAAACAAAGAUCAUACCCCACGACGAUGGCACUUUCAGCGUUUUUAGCACACUGAAGGUGAAAGCCACUUCCAACAUGCAAAUAGAGUGCUCCAUAGAAAAUGAGAUGCUGAAGGAAAAUCUAUCAGCCAACUACACACAACAAAAGAAAAGCAGUGGUUCUGGCACAGAAACCGACAGAAACCCAGAAAAAAAAGGACGAGGUGCUCAAGCAGCUGGCAUCAUUGGCAUUGUCUCUGUGAUAGGUCUUCUAACUGGUUUAACCUGCUGCCUGUGGAGAAGGAGGUCCUCUAAUCUAGUGUCCUAUAAAGAUGUCCAACAAAGAGAAGACCAAGGAGGACUCAGCUCACCUGCCUAAAUGGAAGGUCUGCCAACAAUUUGAGCAGCUGGAGAUGUGUCAAGAGAAGCAUCACUCCCUCAGUGGCAGCAUUAUUUGUAAUACAAGUGACAGAUUUCUGCCAAGAGAGAUGGCAAAAAAAAAAAAAAAAAGCUUCUAGAACACAAGAGAGAGGAAAAUCUGCAGGAUUUUCAUUCCAGCCACUGACUGUGUGCACAGCACAGUUGUGUCACCACUCCAGCUCAGCACUUUGGACAGUCCUCUGUGAUUGUCAGUGAUUUGGGCACCUGUACUGGGGAAAGCAGAAAGGCUGGGACUCAGCUGCUCUGUGCCAGACCACUGGAAGCUGGUGACUGUUCAGUCCCUCAUCAUGAUCCUUGAGCACUGUCAGAAGCAGAACCAGCCACAUUUCAGGAGCAUGGGACGUUCUUGCUGUCACCUUACCCUGAGAAUGGCUACUGCAUGUGAAGAAAGGCAGCUAAAACAAAGCAAGAGAACUGAAGAGCUCUGCAGAGUGAGAUUUGUGACCUCUUCCAUGUUUCUCUCUCUAGAGAACAAUCCUUUAAUUGUCUCUUUUCACCAGCUGCUUCUCUGUAGAGAACCAGGCAGAGCACUUUGACCCAGACCUCCAAAAACAGGAGUUGCUCUAAUGGGGUCAAAUACUGAAUGUGUUAUCAUAAGGGAAGGUGCCUUCUUUAAGCCUUGAUAGCAAUAUUUUGGUUUUUACCAAAUAUUCCACCAAAAAGGGGACUUCCACUUUCAACAGGGGCCAGCUGUGAGAAAAAACAGGCUGUGGAAAUCUGUCCAAUUAAAAAUAGUGCUCUCUGCUAUGUGAAUGUCAUGUUACCUGGACUUACCCUUCUCAAGAUGGAACAAAAACUGUGGUUGAGCUGUGCUUGAUUCAACCAAAUUUUAUUUAAGCAUCUUCCCGUGACUUCCAGGGAGGAUUUUAAACUGAAGGUCUUAAACUAAACUUGUGCUUGUGUCUCAUCCUGCACACAUCGAACAAAACAAAAAAGAACAAAAACCAAAUUCUAUCAGUGUGUUGUCCAUGAAUGUCCAGAAAGCCAAGAACUGCAUUUUCCUUGUGCCAGUGCAUGUGCCUUGCUGCUUCAGCCCCAAGUCAGCCAGACUGACUGGCUGGAAAUAGCAAAACAGUAAACUUUGCUGAUGAUAUGAAAUUUCGAAGGAGGAGGAAUUUUUACUAGCUCUCCCAGAUGGGACAGUUUCCCCAUCUUGUCAUUGGGGAAUGGAGAUUGUUAUUUUAAACUGAGUUCUGGAAAUACUUGACCUCUCCUGCACCAGUUGCUAGACUAAAAUUUUAUUAUUUUUGUGAAUAAGUCAUAGCCUUAUUUGUUCUUGCUCUGUGUGUAAGAGGCACUCCAGUAUCAACUCUGUGCUCAGACACUGAUUUUUCAUAUCAAGAUCAGCUUGCAAUUCCCAGCCGAGUGGAAAUUCUGUUGUACUCACAUCACGUGGUAGCAGGACCAUUUGGCAAUAGUGCAGCAGUUGUCUUUUGUCAAAGCAAUCCUCCCAGGGAGGCUCCCAGCCAAGUAGCUGUGCUGCUCUCUGUCCAUGAAUCCAGAUACCAGGUAUUUCCUGAGUCCAAAUCUAGUCUUCAGUGUACUCUAAAGGGAACUUGCUUGAAGAAAGCUUGCAGACACCUCAAAAAUGUGAACAUCUGUGCAGAUGUGCAGGGCAACCAUUUCCUAGUGGUUCAGUAAAACGUCCUGCAGACAUUUCCUUCUUAUCUGUCACAUGAAGUUGUUUUGUGCAGCCUCUGGUGCUGCUGUACCUGACAGAAGCCUUUCCUACAAGUAGUUUUCCACUUUUAUAUUCUGCAACUGUGAUGGUUCAGAGAUGUAAGAAGUGACUGAGUAGUCACUCUGCAAUGUGGUAUUGAAACAAAUUUAGACUGGUUGGAUUUUCUUACUUCUGGGCUACUUCAUGGAUACACCUAAAUACAAAAGCCUUUUCUUGCAACAUCUGUGCUUUCAUUUACCUUAGGGUUCCAGCUAUUCUUGGAGGUCAGUAAAUCCUAGAUGACAGUUGGUUGUUAGUAGUCAAAGGACUUGGGAAUUUCAUAAUAACAGUUUUUGUCUUCACAUGCCAUGCUUAUAUUUUAAAUAAAAUCUAUUCAUUCUUCUGGA